AUGCAUCAAGCGCCUCAUGACUACAGCAAGUGGGACAGGCUGGCGCAAGCCUUGGAUGACGACGAGGAGGACCCGAUGACCUGGCCGGUCUGCCAGGAGAUACCGUGGAACACGGUCGGGCCUCUGGUGGACCGUGUCCUUGACGAGCACUUCGGGCCCGAAAGGCCUGAAGAGUCCGGGCCGAUUCCUGGCGAGGCCGCCGAGGCCGUGGAGGCCGAUGCCCGCUUCGCGGAUCCAGCUCGUGUUGACCUCACCCUGGUGAGCUCGAUGAAGAACGUGGGAGAUGAGGACCUCGUUUCGCUCUUCGCCGCUGCUUUGCCGGAUGCCAACAAGGACAUCUGGGUCAUUCUGGGUCCUUGUGCUCAUGCGAGCUCCUGUGCAGAUUUGGUCGUUCAGGAUCCCAAUGGAGAGGUGCGCAUGAUGCUCGACACUUUGAGAGAGUUCCUCGGUGGCGUCCAUCCCGACGACGCGGUUAACAGCAUGGGGAUGUGCCUCAUCGGUUGA